GAGAUCAUAGUUGCUCCCAUCCAUGCCAUUCGUACAAGCCCAGACAUGCAAACUCCCAUGCAGAUGGUGAGUGCCAUGUUUAUUGUGUCAGAUACUAGCCUACUGGAAGUAAGCGCCACUCGUGAGGACCUCUAUGUCAGACUUGCAGUCCUGUAUCGGGUGAGCAUUAGAGACAAGGGUCUACGUCGGAGUCAGGCUCUGCCAGGCAGUGAACUGCACCCAGUGUCUCUGCGUAUACAAGUGUCAAACUCUGUUGGAUGCUGUUUUACUUCCAGUCAGGAUGAACGCUUAUUCAUGGGAAUGCAGCAUACCACCGUCAUGCUGGGUUGCCCACCAGGGCAGAAGCUAAUGUUUGAUGUGGAUGCAUCAUUGGCUGUUACGAAGCCUUACGACUGUCUUGUUCCAAUAGAGAAUAUGCCUUGCUUUUAUUAUGCUGAAGGUUUCUAUCCUCGCUUUGUUAUCAUGGAUCGUAUCCAAAGGACAUAUCACAAUUUCACUGGCUCUUACAUACUGACUGUCGUUGGCGGAGGCUCUGGUGGAGAGAGUAAUGUGAGGCUUUACACAGAUGAGGAAAUUCAGACAUAUAACAAUCAGGACAGUAGUGAUGCCACUCUCAUCUGGGGGCCAUUAGCAGAGGAUAUGGACCGUGCUGUGCCAGUGUUCAACCAGAAAAGCAAUGGUAUCAGUUGGUUGUGUCAGAAAAAAUCACCUUGUGCCAACAUUGCACCGAAGUUUCCGGCAUCCCCAGAAUACUUCUUUCUUAUCAAUGUCACAAAUAGAGAUGUGGACAUUAAUUCAACCAACUGCAUCUACACAACUCAGUUUCUGAUUCGUAUUCACGGAUUGCCAAUGGAUAGUAUUAAGGGCUCACUGUUCAUCACCUGUUUCACCAUAUUCCUCAUCUGCCUGUUUAUAGUCAUCUAUGGUAUUUGCAAACGAAAUGAUGAAAAGAUAUACAAGCGUUUCAAAGAUUCUGUAUAUGAUCGCAUAUACAUGAAGUUAAAGCCAGUUAAGAAACUCAACAGCACUGAGAUAGCAGUUCAGGUUUUAAAGAAGCAGGCGGCAGCAGCUCGGCAGCAAAGGUUUAUGAUACAGCAGCAGGGUCAGUGGAGCUGGACGAAAGCAAUGCCUGAGUUAGGAGAACUGGAUGAAAUGUCAGAGAGUGAGAACGAGGGAAGCUCUGAUUCCUCUGGUAUUAUACUGCCAGCAUCCACUGUUAACCCAACAGAAUCAUCAGACGCUGUACUUCCUGCCGUUGAUCUCCCCAAACAGUAACAGUCUGCCCGUUGAUAUACCCUCUCACUGGUGAAUUCUGGUGUAUAAGAAUGUUUAGGAUUGGAGGUUGGUCAGUCCUUGGUGGUAGUUAGACUACCUGCAGUAUAACUGGAUCUUCAUAGGAAAUUCUUGCCUCGUGCCAUUGUGAAGACAGAAGACAUUGCUGAUGAAGGGUUAAAAUUGCACAAUAUUGCCAUGUUCAUUGUUCGUGUUUAGAGGCAAUCCGUUGUAACCAGCAAAUGAAUUUCUUAAGCUUAUUGAAAUACAAAUCUCAGGAAUUUUCAUAAUUCUGUAUUAUGUUGCUAUGUUAUAUUGCAGUGGCUUUCAUGCUACAUUGUUAUAGUUUGCAAAACUGUUUUUAUGUGCAAAAAUGGUACAAUUCUGUUGGUGCUUACCUAAUAUUGAAUUAAUAAAUAAAUCUUUAUAGAUACUAAUUAGGUUUUGGAGCACUAUGCAUUGACGGAAUACUUAUUGAUGGCAAAUAAAGAGUUAAAAUAAAAACCAUUUACAAUUCUUA